UUGGGAAAUGGACCUGCCAUCUUGAAUGGCAUGGCCCAGCUACACAGUGCGUGAUAAAAAGACAUGCAAUUUAUCGCGAACCGCUUUAUACUUUGCCACACGAAAGUGUAUAAAACUUAGUGACUGUUCAUCGAGCGAAUUUUUUGCACGAUGGAAGCGGUCAAAGCAUUUAACGCAGAGCUUUCUGCGCUGUAUGAUGUUAAACCACCAAUUUCUAAAGCUAAAAUGAAUUCUCUUACACGCGGAGCUAUCAAAGCAAUAAAAUUUUAUAAACAUGUUGUACAAAGCGUGGAAAAAUUUAUUCAAAAAUGUAAACCAGAAUAUAAAGUGCCAGGAUUAUACGUAAUAGAUUCAAUCGUAAGACAGUCAAGACAUCAAUUUGGAAUGGAAAAAGAUGUCUUUGCACCUCGUUUUGCAAAAAAUAUGCAAACAACUUUUCUGAACCUUUUAAAAUGUCCACAGGAAGAUAAAAGCAAAGUUAUACGUGUAUUAAAUCUUUGGCAAAAAAAUGCUGUUUUUCCUCCAGAAGUUAUACAACCACUUUUUGAUUUAGCUGAUCCCAAUCAUCCCAUUCAUAAAGAACAACCAGUAAACGCAAAUGGUACAUUGAACACAUCAUCUGGUAAUAACCUGAGCAAUAUUUCUGCAGUAACAAAGACUCCUCCAUCUGCCGUAAAGGUUGUUGCAAAAGAUCAGAAAUUAUUUUCUUCCACUAAACCAAUUGACCCAGUAUGGCUAGCACAAACAAAGAUAGAAACAGCUAACAUAGGGCAAUCUAAUGCAAAUCAAGUUGAUUCAUCGUUUCUUGAUCAAUUACAACAUUUACAACAAUUGCUGUUGAAGAAGCAAGAGGCCACAAAUGAAUCGAAGACUUCCGUAAAAUUUGAUAAAAAACUUUUGGAUUUCGAUUAUGGAGAAGAAGAAGAUGAUGACGUUGUGGUUGCAAGUUCACCUACUACUGCUACUGCUGCUGCAUCUCAACAUAACGCUGUAUCCACAAGUAAUAGUUUGGAAAGCCUUGGAUUGCUACUGACAAAUCCUGAGGUACUUAGACAACUGCAGACAUUACAACAAACGAUGCAAGGAAAUAUGUCCUCUUCGCAGCAUGAAAUGGAAGAAAAAAUGCGCAAAUUGCAACAGAUGAAACAACAAGAAGAAGAAUUUGAUAAACAUUUGGCUCAAACUGUUCCUAAUUUACCUUUUGCAUCAGAAUGCGAGCUGAAACCUACAGACAUUCUGAAACCAAAUCAACAAAGUACGUAUUCAACAAGUACAACUACUGGAGUUAUUCAAGAUAUGACUCAACCACCACCUGGUUAUCCUCCAGCAAUGCCAUAUGUUUCGCAACCUUUGUCAAACAUGAGGCAGAUAAAUCAAACUGGUCAUCAGAAUCAAAAAAGUCCUUUAAUCGACGAACGUCAAGAAUCGCAAGAUUUUUCUGGAAAUGGUGCAAGACGCGAUAGUAGUAGCGUUGAAAUUGUAAAUUGUGAUAAUACUCGAUCACAAAGUAGAUCACCUGAGAGAUAUAGGCAUCAUAGUCGGUCUAGAUCACCUCGGCAUAGAGACAGAGACAGAGAUAGGGACAGAGAUCGAAAAUCUCGAUCUAGAAGUAGAUCAAGAAGAAGAAGAUCACGAUCUAGAGACAGAGGUCGCGAUAGAAAAAGAGAUGACAGCCGAGAGAAAAUGACCGAGGAAGAAAGAGAAAAGGAAAGAGAACGUCGUAAACGUGGAUUACCUCCGAUAAUUAGAGAUAAAUUAAGCGUUUGUAGCACAACGCUUUGGGUCGGUCAUUUAUCCAAAUUAGUUCAUCAAGAAGAGUUAUCUGACACAUUUGGAGAGUUUGGUGACAUUGUUAGCAUCGAUCUCAUAUCACCUAGGGGUUGUGCUUUCAUUUGCAUGAACAGAAGACAAGAUGCUUAUCGAGCUCUUACAAAAUUAAAGAAUCAUAAAAUGCAAGGGAAAGCUAUAACUUUAGCGUGGGCUCCAGGUAAAGGAGUGAAAGGAAAAGAAUGGAAAGAUUAUUGGGAAGUAGAACUUGGUGUCAGUUAUAUUCCAUGGAAUAAGUUACUUAAUAUUACGGAUCAAGAUCUAGAACUAUUGGAAGAAGGUGGUAUGAUAGAUGAAGAUACAUUACCACCAAAUUUGAAAGGAAAAUUGAAGCACUCUGGCGGGAAUAUAGAUAUCAUGCAACAUCAAUUACAAAUGCAACAACAGGCGUUAGCUGCUGCAUCGCAACAGCAGACGCAGUUAGUCGAUACUAGCCAACCACCACCGAUACGACCACCAACAUCAGCUGCACUUUUGCCCCCUCCAAACACACAAUUACAAAUGAUGCCAUCAGCUUUUACGAUGACCGGUGUUCCACGUAUGAUAGGACCUAUGGGUCUCCCUAUGGCACACAGUUUAAUGCCUAAUGUUCCAAUUGGAGUACCUCCACCCAAUAUGCAAAGUCUCUUGGGACCUCCAGGAAUGAUGCAGACUAUGCUGACUCCACCUGUCAAUUCUCCAUUUGGUGCAAGUGUUGGUGUAGGUCUUUUAACGCAAAUUCCAUUACCUGCACCAGCCGCACCGUCGGACAAACCGAAUUCAACUGGGAUGCCACACAAUGUUCCACCGAUAGGAGUACCUCCGCCUACCUCAGAAACAAACAUACCAAAUCUACCAAUGCUUCGUCAGUCUUAUGGAGUAGGUCCAGCACCCCCGAUGCAGAUGCAACUACCUCAACAUCACUCUGAUGAUAUGGAUGUUGAAAUGGAAGAUGCCAUGCCACUGAACGUGAGCAACAACACUUCCAAAGAGAAACCAAAUUUGAGUGAUCAGCUUAUAGCGGCGAUGAACAUGGGUGCAGGCACCAGUGACAAUAGGCUAGAAAAUGAUCAACAAAAUAUCGAUUAUAAAGAGAGAGAUAGAGAUCGUGAAAAUAGAGAUAGAAGGGAUCGUGAACGUGACAGAAGUGAUCGUAGUGACGUCAAUGAUUCUAGAAUGGAUCGUGGUAGAGACAGAGGUAGAGGAAGAGACCGAGGUCGUGAUCGCCGUAGAGAUGCGAGAGAUGGAAGAGAAAGGGAUAGAGAUGAUAGAAGAGAUAGAGACAAUAGAGAUAUAAGAGAAAAUCGUGAGAAUUCUAUGAGGCAUUCGGAAUGUUCAAAUAUAUCAAAUCAAAAUCUUCAAGAUAACGAUGCGAUAGCUAAGAAGGAUGGGAAACCAAGUCUUGCUGAGCGAUUGAGACAAUUGGCCGAUGGUACAUUGCCUAUAGACGAUCGUAUGGAUAGAAAUAUUCGAAGUAACAGAACCGAACGAAGUAGCGAGAGAACUGAAAGAAAUUUCGAAGAAAAUUCUGGAACUCGGAGACCCAACGAUAUGCCAUUGCCAUUAAUGGAUAUCCCAAAAUUUGCUGGUAACGUGCAAGAACGUGUAGAUUUUCCUCCUAGAGGACCUGAUUUUCGAGGUGGUCCACAAGAUCCUCGAGAUUAUCAGCAAAGAAACCUAACGGACAGAGAUAGACAAAAUUUUCCACGGGGAUCUACUGGACCAUUAAGAGGAUCUCAGAUAGAUGAUUUUAUGGAUCCAAGAAUGCAAGCUGGAAGAUUUCAAGAUGAGUUCGAAAGUAGAUUAGGACAUAAUGGUCCACGAUCGGAUGAAUUUACGCCUAGAUUAGGACCAUCCAGAGAAGAUUUUGAUCGGUCGGAUAUAAGAAAUCGAAGACCGGUUGAAGAUUAUGAAAGAGAUCGUUUCGAAUAUGAAAUGCGACGCGACGGUUUUGAUCCACGUUUGCAGGAUGGUUUUGAUCCGAGAAGUCACGGCGAACGACCUGAUUUUGAUCCGCGAAGAAGAGAUUUCUUUGGAGGUCCGAUGGAUCCUGUUUUCGGAAUACCACCAAUGAUGGGUUUGCGAGGUCCGAGAGGUCCUGUAGGACCUGAAGGAUUUGGACCGCGUGGAUCUGGCAUGGGAUCAAGAGGACCAGGACCUUUAAUCUUCCAUCCUCGAGGUAUGGGUCCACGAGGAAUGAGAAUUCGACCUCCGUUCGGACCACGUGGACCCCCACCGUUUGAUCCCAGAGAAGCUGAUCCUUUCUUCCGGCCACCGUUUGAUGACGUACGCGGUCCACCAGGUCCACACAUGAGACCGUUUGGUCCGAUGGGUCCACCAACUAUGCACGGUCCCGAAGGACCUUGGAGGAAUCAAGAAAGUGGAGCACCAGGCCCAUGGACAUCCUCGCAAUCUAGUAGUACUCCGGAAACUGAUAAUCAUAGCCAGAGAGAAAAUCAUCUUGCUCGAGACAAACAAAAAGGAACUAAACAUACAGAUUAUAAAAACAAUAUUUCAGAUAGAGAAAAUCGUAACAGAAAUAGGAAAUCAAGGUGGGGUAAUGUAAGCCCUCCUAUAACGGAAAAUAUAGACGAAGCGACAUCCGCCGAAGGAAUUGAAGACAAGACGGACCUAAUACAGGAUGGAAAUUUCGAAAACAUAGAACCUAAAACAGAAAUAAUUACCGAAUACGAUCAAUCAGUACAAAUGGAAGAUGAUAGCCCUACUGAUAGAGAGCAAGUCGAAGAGCAAAAUGAUGUGCAUCAUUUAAAAAUUGAACAGAGUGAUGAAACCAAUAACGAAGAACUACAUGAAAAUCAAUAUAACGAAGAAGAACAAAGUAGUUCCUAUCAAUCUAAUGUAGAUGCAACUUCUGGCAAUGACGUUGAACAAAAUCAGUGUAAUGAUGAUAAACAAUGUGAAUAUCAGACAGUCGGUCAAACAGAGGACUCGUCGCAACAAUGUGUGGAGCAAGUUGAAAAAUCUGAGUGUGUGAGUGAAAAUAAUAGUGACCAACAACCAAUUCUGGAGCAAGCAGCAGAUGCUUUGUAAAAGGUUCAACAUUUGAGGAUAAAUAGACCAAAGUAAAGCAAAGAGAAUCUAUGAAUAGAUUCAUGUAAAAUAUGAUUCCAAACAAUACAUUGUACAUAGAGUCAUGUUAUUACGCAGAAAGUGAAAUGAAUUUGAUUAUGUGGACUUGGAGUACUAAACUCUGGAGUGGUGAGGGAGCUGUGGGUCCAGUGAGUUCUUUUAGAAGUCUUUUUUUAAAGUAUUCAUUUAAAACACGUACGAAUUUAAAAAUUUCUUCCUGUAUAAAAAAAGAAAAAAAAAAUGCUGCUUAGAUCUUGCUGUGAUAGUGAACACAGGACCUAUCUAUAAUGUAAAUAUACAUACAAAAUGCAAGUAAAGUCUUAGGGAUUCCUUUUUAGAUAACUAUAAAAUUACAUAUUUGCCAUCUGUAUUAAAUGCCAGUUAGUUCUUCAUAAUCUCAUUAAGGACUUGAAUAUAGUUAAUUUUGAAUCAUACUACAGGUACUGUACAGCGAGAGUAUAUUCAUACCUUAUACUCUAAAUAACUAUUAAUUUAUUGAAUUGUACAUACUUUUAUAUUUUCCUAGCAGAACAAAUGAAUGAAUAUAUUGUGCUAACGGUCAUUGCUAAAUCAAAGAAAAAAAAAAAAUAAAUAUUUUAUAUAUACUGUCUUUGAUAAAAAAAUAAUGGCCUUCUCAUUCCGAUUUGUGCGUAGCUCCCAGUCUUGCAGUUAUUAUUGAAAUUGAAAAAGCUAUGUAUUAGAAUUAUAACCUGUUUGCCAUGAAUUGAUAUAAAUUAUCAAUAUGUAACCAUAUAUGUGUAUGUACAUAUAUAUAUAUGUAUAUAUAUAUACAUAUAUAGAUUUGAACGUUUAAUAAGUUUAAAACAUCGUUACAUAUUCCUUUACUGGUCCCUACAAAAUUUAUUUUUCUAUUUAAAUGUAAUGAAACGCAAGUGUGUUACUUGUCAAUAGUUUGUUAUUUCUUAUUCAUGGCACAAAUUCAUUUUAUUCUGCAUGAAAUUUUUUCUAUUUAUCGUAAACUGAAAUAAACUACAGAAUAAUCGAUAUAAUAGGCAAUAUGGUAUUGCAUUAAUGAAGCAAGUAAAAUGAGCUCUGGAUUCCGUACAUACAACUUGGUUCCUGUGUUCACGCACGCACGUUAUUGCACGCCGCAGCGAUGGAAGACUCGUGCUUGCGCUCAAACUGAGUGACAAGUACAAGGUACUGUCUACAUUAUAUUCACAUAAACUAGUCGAAGAAUGUGACACUGACUACUUCAAAAAAAUUUUGUUUAAAUCGAUAUCAGCCCGCACCACUCCAGACCAAAGCCCAUUUUACAUACAUAUAUAUGUAUGUGUGUGUGUGUGUGUGUGCGUGUGUGUGCGUGUGUGUUUAUUAUUAUUAUCAUUAUAUAUACAUACAUACAUACAUGCAUAUGUAUUACAUAGUGAAUUAUUGUGUAUCUCUCUAACAAUAGGAUAGUGUAAUUGCUUACAGCUCAGAGUAGCGUUAUGUAUUGACAAAUGCACUUCCAUUAAAGAAAAAAAGUAUCCCGAAAUAUAAGCAAUGGAUAGUUUUAUAACAAAAUGUAAAUCAUUUUGUUUUUUAUCGAUUGAGAAGAGUACAUUGAUAUAAUUCACUCAAAGUUUAUGGCAAUAAUUUUUCUAACGAUUCGUAUAGAAAUUUAUUUCUAUAUGGACGAUACUUUCCACUUCGACGUUUAUUUUACUUAGAAAUAAGAUACAUACAUAAGCAUUUUGCUUUUUUUUUUUUCUUGCUUUACUUUGUAUUUUCAAGUUUUUAUGUACUUGCAUACGUGUGCAAGUAAAGAUACAAUAUAUUUGUAUCUGAAAGAUAAUUAUGCACUUACAGCUUACUAAAAAAAUAUAUAAUACAUUUAUCAGAAGUAUUAAUGAAUAAUGGUUUCAAGAAUGAGAAGAAAGAGAAUGUUAAUAACAAUAUUGACUUAAGUUAUAUCAAAAAUGGGAUACGAAUAUAUUACUUAUAUUAUGUUAUUUUAAUGUCUUAAUUAUUCUAAUCAUAUUAGAAAAACAAGUCUAACAUGAUUAUUUAGUGAAAGAGUGUAUGAAUAAACUCGGUAUUCACAAUGAUUGUCUUAGAUUUUUUUCAUAGUUUUAUUACAUCUUAUUAAUUUACUUUACGAAUUGUUACACAACAAUAUUUACAACUUUAGUAAAUGCUCUGAGACAAAUUCUUACUCGAUAGAAAAGUUUUCAAAAGAACACUGGAGUGGUGUAUGGCACUACUGAGAUAGGAUUCAUAUUACUCUCGGAAAACGUGCUAGAGUUCAUUCGUUACAUCAAAAUUAUUUACUUUUGUAUUAACGUUAUAAUACAUCCAAAAGAUAUGCUUUUGUUUUCAUCAAAAUAAAAUAUUAUAACAAUCAGAAAAUUAUAGUAUACGCACAAGAUUAUAAUAUCAUUAUAUAAAAUACUAUAUAUUUUUAUUUUUACAUUGUAUAUCCUUGUUUAAUAAAUAAAUUAAAGAUUAAGUACUAAAUGUCUAAGUUAAUGAUUUAAGAUUUUCAAAACAUUUUAUGUUUUCAUAUGCGUAAUAUGAAUCUGUAUCUUAUAAUAUUUUAUAAAAUUUCACACAAAAAUAAGAUAAUUAUUAAGCUUAAUCACUAACACAUGUACCCGUUUAAUAUAAUUUUCUUUCAUCUUUAACCAUGCUUUUCUCAAUAUCAGCGUUAUUUACUUAUUCUCUUAUAUAUACAUACAUUACGAUCAUUUAUAUUAAAUAUUUACAUAUAUACACAAUUCUGCUCUUCCUGCCAUCAAACGUUUAUUAUAUUACAAAGGCAGAUCCUUGUAGCUCUCACCGAGUGUGUUUUACAUUAUUUAAUCUGCCAGUAUUUUACAAUUAGUAUAAAAAUUUACAAACGAUUAUUCUGAUAGGGAAAAACAAAAAAAAAGAAAGAAAAAAAAAUGAAAAAGUACGAUUAUAUUUAAUGUCCAUUGAAUUAUUAAAAAACAAUUAUCUAAUUAACCAGAAGCCUGUGCAAAUACUAAGAUUUAUAAAAACCAAAAUAUGUAAACUAUAUCAGAGAUAUAAAUUUAAAAUGUUUGUUAAUGUUAACUAAUUUUUUAUAUGGAAUUAGCGAUAACCUCUUAAAUUGACAUGUAUAGAUGAAAUAAUAUCAAUAUAUAUGUAUAUGACACUUAUAAUCUAUGUUAAGAUUACAUUGUACAUUACUCUGUAAAAGGAGAAUUUAGUUUACAAAGUACAAUAAAGAAAAGGUAAUCAUCGAUAGUGUUAGUUAAGUAGUAAAGAACACAACAAUUAUUAUUUCAUUAGAAAGUCAUUUUCUUCUUAUUGAUCUUUUAGAAUAAGAAGAUUAAUUGGCAAUAUGUGCGAUAUAAAACGUACGAAAGAAAUUUUAUUUUGUAUUUCAUAAUACAUAUGAAAAAAUAGAAAUGUAUCUGGCCGUUGUAACUGAAAAAUCUUACUUUUUUAUUUUAUUAUCAACAUAAUAGUAUAUGUGCAGGCUUCAGAAAAAAUAAUGAUAAUUUUAAGAUAAUGUACAUUUAUAUACCAUUCUAACAAAGUUUCAUGUAAAUAAGUAUGUAAACAUGUUUAUAAUCGGUUGCGUCUAUGUACGUUUGUUAAAUUAUUUCAAGACAUAGAAAUCUUUAAUUCACCUUAGAGAAACAAAAAAGUAAACAAAAGACGUAUUAAAAUACAUACUUAUAAAGGUAUAUAAGAAAGAGAAAGAGAAUGAAAAGAAACGAAUGAGACAAACAAUACUAUUGCCUUCACGCCACAUAAGAUGGUAUAAACUAGUAAAAGAAAUUACAUAUGUAUUUAUCUUAAGAAAAUUAUCUUUACACGAAUGUAUAUAAUGUUCUUAUCGAAAAUUGUUAAUUAUUAUUAUUUAGUUAGAAGAACAUGUUGAAAAACCAGAUACAUUUCUUUUCUUUUCUAUUUUUGUUCUUUGUUUUUUAGGUUAUUAUUACACUGUAUAUCGUAUUAUGCUAGUAGCGUAAUAAUAAUAUGCAAAUAUUUUCAACAUUGGCAAUUGUAUUACAACUUUUGCGCGCAUUGUCAUAAACGAAAUCUGUAAUCUUUAUUAAUCAAUAAUAAAGGAACAAAUGUGUGUA